AUGGAGCGGUCGCCGCGGCUGCUCCUCCUCCUCUUCCUCCUCCUCCUCCUCCUCCUCUUCUCCGCCGCCGCCGCUCCCGGGCGGCCCUGCGGCCCCGCCGGGCUCUCGCGGGACACGGUGCUGGGACGCCCGGGAGCGAACGUCACCUUGACCUGCCAGGACGAGGGGCUGGCGAACGUCACCGUGUCCUGGCAGGUGGAGGAGCGGGGGACGGCGGCGGUGGGGGGCCGCAGACGGCAGCUGGCGGAGGGCAACACGCUGCUCCUGCGGCGGCUGCGCUACGAGGACUCGGGGCGCUACAGCUGCUACGUGGGGGGCCAGCCGCUGCGCUCCCUGCGGCUGCUGGUAGAAGAGCCCCCCGAAACUCCCCGAGUCUCCUGCUACCGGCGGAGCCACGACAAAGAUGUCCUGUGCGAGUGGCCGCUUCGGGUGAAGCCGUCCCCGGGGACACGGGCGAUGCUCUGGGUGAAGCAGAGGUUCGUGGUUGAGAACGCCACGGAGCAGCGGUGCCGCUACUUCUCCAAGGCGCGGAAGUUUGUUUGCCGGGUGAAGGUGCCACCCGGCGCCGACGACACCAAACCCCUCGUGGUGUCCACGUGCGUCAACAACGGUGCCGGCAGCUCGGCCGGCGAGGACAGGAUCAUCACCCUCAGCAGCGUCCUGAAGCCCGACCCCCCCAUCAACGUGACGGUGGAGGCGCUGGAGAAGGCGCCGCAGCGGCUGCGGGUCAACUGGUCCUACCCCUCAUCCUGGGACCCCCGAUUCUACUGGCUCCGCUUCCAGGUCCGCUACCGCCCCGAGCCCGCCCAGACCUUCGCAGAGGUGGACCAGGUGACGACGACAUGGCUGGACAUCCGUGAUGCCUGGCGGGGGACGCGGCACGUGGUGCAGGUGCGGGCGCAGGAGGAGUUCGGCCAUGGCGCGUGGAGCGAGUGGAGCCGGGAGGCGGUGGGCAUCCCCUGGACAGACCCCCGGGACCUCACCUCUGAAAUGGGACCCUUCAGUUCGCAGUUCCCCAUGGAGGAUGGCACCUAUGGGGUCACGCUGCCCCCCGAGCUCUUCGGGGAAGAUGCUGCUGAUGGCGCUGGUGGGGCCAUCGUGGAAGCCAGCGCCCGCUCCAUGGCAUCCCCCUACGCCUUCCUGGUGGCCGGGGGGAGCCUGCUCCUGGGCAUCGCCCUCUUCGUUGGCAUUGUGGUGAGGUACAGGCAGACGUGGCGGACGGGCAGGCAGCGGGCGGCCAAGCCGGAGGGUGAGGGGCAGCACAUGCUGGUGCCCUUGGGCCCCCCCAGCCCCCCUCUCAGUGAGACCCCCCUGCUCCCCCCCCCCGGCCCGCUGGCCCCCGGGGCUCUCCACGUCACCAACUUGGACUAUUUCUUCUCAGAGCAGUAG